AUGCAAGGAAAUACUGCGGAUGCAGACCAAAAAGUUUUGAUAAAUCAUUUAAAUUUCAACCUUACUGUUCACACGUGCAAAGCUCGUGAGGAUGAUCAAUCGAAUAGAUUUUUAGUAUUUAUUGUAAAAAGUGCUAUACGAUUUAUGAUAAAUAAUAUCACGGAUGCAAUUUAUCGCACGCUCUAUCAACAUAUUAUAAAGAGCCCUUAUGUUCGCAUGCAAGUCGUUCGGUCUCUUGCACUAGUUGUUGAAAGAAAUUAUCUACUCACUUAUGGGCCAACGCUUCUUAAAUCAAAAAAAUACUUAGUGGACCGUUUAUACGAUAUUUCUCAUGAUGUAAAAUUGGAAGCUGUUCGCGUCUUACCGUUUACAUCAGUUUUUUACAUUGAAUCGUUCAUUGAAGCAAUUAAUACCGAGCCAGACGUGCAUGUACGUCGCCUUGCUUUCGCAAGAAUUGCUCACUUUUCGAACGUACGAUCUUUUUCGGUCAGUCAGCGUAUGAAGAUUUUAAAUAUCGGGACUAGAGAUGAUGACUAUGUGGUUCAAAAAUUUGUCGAGAGAACGAUAGCUGGCUGGGUAGGAAAGCGUGUCGCUAUGCCAUCAGUUAUUUUGAUUAAUAUGGAAUUUAUUGAAUAUGAAGAAGCUUGCGCUAAGGCUUUAAUGGUUUAUUUGGGAUAUUGUCAGAAGAAACUGGGUUGUUGUAGUUUGGAGAAAUUUGUUGUUUCAUUUUGCAAAGCAGUACGCGACACCGAGGAAGAAACUGGCAAGAUUGAACUCAUUGAUUCAACUAAUUAUCUUCAAGUCUUUGAUGGGUUAGUAAAGAAUUCAGAAAAAAUAUUUAAAUAUGCAGAAUCGGUUUAUUUCUGGAAAUGUUUUAUUCAAUACUGCUUUGAAAAAGCAAAAUCUGAAGGAGAUCGGUCUGAGGUUGUUUAUAGAUUAAUGCCAAAUAUGACCGGAUUUUGUCGGCUAAUUUACAAGUUUUUAGUCGUAUGGUCUCCGCAUGUAACACGUGAGGAGGGUUUGGCAAGUGAAUCUGUCAUGUUUUGCUUAUGCCAUAUUUCCCGUUUCUACGACCGAACUGAUGUUGUUGGCAGAAAAAAUUGGAAGGAAAUGUUGGAAAUAAUAUUUUCAAUGCGAGUUCUUCCAAAUUCAGUCAAAAUCAUCGAAUUUGCUAUUAAUGAAUUGUUCAACGAAUUCUAUUCUAAAGAUAAAUUUCAAGAAUUUAUUGACUGGUCAUGUUACCGCAUCAAUAGUUUCAUAACUGCAACUCCAAAUGAAACUGAAGAGGAGCUAACGUCGCAGAAUUUAAUUCGUGAGAAAAGACGAAAUAUUCAGUCAAAGUUUCAUAGAAACUUAUCGCUUGAAACUGAAGAAAUAUCUAAUUUUAUAGAAAAAACAGAUCCAGAAUUUCUUCAGCUUGAAAACCGCAAUGUUGAACGAGCGUUAAUUGCAUUGCGCUGUUUGCUGAAACAUCCAUGUAUUUCAACUAUUACAACAUUAUUAAGGAGUGCAUUAGAGAUCGCCAUCGAAGAAUUCUUAAUGAAAAUGGAUCCGUGUAUUUGGCCUCUUGUAUGUGAAGUGAUCGGUCUUGCUGCAGCUGUUGAUAAGAUGAUUGCUCAUGAACGCAUGCAUUUAUUGCGUAGUGCCAUUGAAGUUGAUGGCUCACCAAGUGAAGCUUGUGCAUUGUCGUCGAUUUCGCUUAUUGCUGUAUCACAUGGUUUCUCAUAUAUAGCAAAUUUUUUAUACCCAGAUAUCACCCAAAAAAAUGAGCCAAGAAGUACUCAUCUACAAAAAGUAUUUGAAGAGUAUUUGAGCCUUGAGGACGAUUAUCUAUGUUGUGCUGCUGUCGAAAGCUGUUCGCGAAUUCUUUUUCUUGGAAAUUACAUUUUUCCUGGAAUGCUUGCCAAAUGUCUUCUGUUGCAUUCCCAUCCCAAAUGUCCACCAAACACUUUUCGUUUACUCGAUUACUUUUUAUCAAUUUACUCGUCGAACCAAGAUAAAUUGGCUGGAGCUAUGUCGACCGCCGUGCGACUUGCGGAAGAAGGCACGUUUAAGAAGUUCAAUAGAACUGAUAUCUAUCGAAUGUUAACAUAUAUCGUUAAUGCAACGAAAAUAUCGAAUUUAGUGGCAACGAAUGAAGUUGAACUUAAUGAAUAUGAUUUUAUUCCAUGGACGAGACCGGUCCAAUUUUUCGUUAUACAUAACUUACUUCUUAUUAUUGAAAGAACUUCUGCGUUCACGGAUGGUGUCGUUAAGGCUCUUCAGUUUACUUCGCUCGAAGAAAUUGACCAAAUUGAAGACCUUUCGAAUAUUCAAGAAAAAGUAGACAGUGCUAUCAAAAUACUUCAUGGACGUAAACUCUAUAACUUGGCAAUCGGUCUGAUCGAUUUUAAGAAUCGUGUUAGUGAACUGAUCAAUGUGCAUUCAAGGCAAACUGAUUCUGGGAAUAACUCAGUUGCAUUGUGUGUGAAUGAAACUCAUUUACAGAACUCGAUAAAGCGAACAUUGUCUGGUAACUCGAAUAGAAAUAUUAAUCGUGAUGAAGAUACCAUCAGAGAAAGAGAUGAUUCACAACGUCAAGAUGGUCGGAAUCAUCAAUGGGAUAUUAAAGUGAAAAAGGUGGAUCUUGACAAAGAAAAGCUAAAAUAUUCGCAGACGUUUGAAUUUCCGAUUUAG